AUGGUGAUGCCACCAACAUCACAAAACUACACGGUCGCAUCUGGUGAUCAAGAUACUCCUGGUAAACUUCGACACUUGGCUAAGGAACUAUAUCAGAGAACCAAUUCACUUGAUAUCGAAGUAAAGAAAGCUAAUCCUGUUGAUGAGAAUUCUGCCAGUAGUCUUGCCGAGGCUGAUGAAACCUCUGCUACGGGUAAACUUCGCGUUAAACUCAAAGAACUUGCUACUGCUCCUGGUCAUAAACUAACUGCUCCGGCCCAAGCUGUCACACAGAAAUACCAAGAAGUCAGCAGUGCAUUCGGCAAAGUUAAGAGACAAGAAGUUACAUAUACCGAUGCCAAUAAGGAACCUCUAUAUGAAGCAGUCGAAUCCGCAUGGGAAGCAUUCAAUGAAGUGUAUAAACCUGAAGAACUACUCAAGGAUGCUGUCGGUGAUAAAGAUCAGCCAGGUUCUGCCGCUCCAAAUAAUCUUCGGGAAGCACUCUAUCAACUUGCUGGUGCUUACAUUCUUUCACCAGAUGUACAUAAGAAAGCCGAUAGUGUUAAACAGAAAUACCAAGAUGUCAAAUCUAAAUUCGAGUUGGUCCAGUCACAAGCUGCUGCAUACGAAGCUGGUAGUAAAACUGGUGGAUACAAGGGAGUUGUAGAUGCCCGGAUUAAUUUUAAUGUAUAUAACAGGGUUAUAUGUGAAGGCGAUACUGACCCAGGUUUUGGUGGCUGGCGACAUUACAAAAAACACAUACCCAUAGACCCACAAGGAACACCACCAGACUUCGACUGCAACAUCGGUGAAGAAAAUAAACCUGCUAAUUUUGUCGAUAAUAGGUUCUAUCACUUCUUUGAUAUCCUUAUAGUUAUUAAGAUAUCACUGGUGGCAGCUAUUGUGUGGACUUUAGCUUACAUAUCUAAGUCUACUGAAUACCACCCAACUGAUCCAAAUCAAAGAAAUUGCAUCAAAGAACUACAGCUCAAACCAGCUGAUACUUCUAGUUCUAGUUCUAAAGAUUAUACUAUAGAUACUGAACAAAACUUUGGUGAAAGUCAUGCCGAUAAUUGUGGUAAUAAGACCACUUCCCCUUUCAACUAUUAUGGCCAUCUGACACUUACAAGCAACACAGAUGGAAGCUAUUCUAGUAAGGAGAUAACUCUCAACAUCGAUAAAGCGGCAUAUACCAAUAAAAGCACCACUGAACCACAAAGUCCAAGUCUCAAUACCGGUACUCUAGUCCUAACUCCCACUGGAGAUAUCAAUAACGGCUGCGGCCCUCAUAAUCUAACUCGUACAGUUAAUGGUCUCAACCUCACACUCACUGGUACUGAUACCAACUUUCAAUAA